AUGGCUCAUCACCGCCUUCUAAGUCAAGAUUCAGCCAUUUUCUCUCCUUCUGUCGCUCGCAUUGCCGCAUCCACCGCCCGCGAUUGGUCUUACAUCGACGCAUGGCUCUCGUCCAAAUUCCAUCCCCGAUCGGUCCCUCCUUUUGAGCGCAACAACGAUACACUUAAAGCUCUCCUCGCCCUCGCAUCUGUCAAUGAGUUGGCUGAUGAGGAGCGUAACCUAGUCGCCAAGUCUGAAGCCGCAGCGUUGCAGGAGCUCACCGAGUCUGAAUCUAAGAUCGACCAGACGAGCCGACCGUUGAGGGAAGGCCUCAUCGAAGCUGUACAACACAACCUACCUACUGAUGGCCAUACCGCCCUCGAUGCUAUGGCAAACAUGGCUUUGCAAUUUGGUGUCGCCUUCCCCGAACCCGAGAUACUAGGCCGACGCAUGUGCCAACUUCAAUCGAGCAUCCAUGACGCUGAACACAUGAAAGCCCGGGUCGAGAUUCUUCACAAACAUAUCGAUGAAGAAGCGGCUCGUAUCAACGAUACCCUCAAAGAUUUGCAGCGCGAAGACUACCAACCUCCUGCACAUCUUGCCAAACAAAACCUUGAAAUGCAGCGUAAGGUCAAGGCGUUGGCUACCAAGUUGCCUGAGCUACAGGACAAAGUUGCCACUCUCGCAGCGUCUGCCGACUUCUCACACCCAGCCAUCGUCGAUCUUGCUCGUGAUGAGCAAGAGUAUUUAUCUGUGUUGGCACGGAAGAAGGAGCUCGACCUCCAGCUGGCUUCCUUCCAGGGUCUCCCCAGUAACCCAGACAUGGCCAGAGCAGAACUCGAAGAGCUUCGAGACCAGCUUCGUUCAAUAGAAUCGCGGCGCGACGCUGUUUUCGAAGGACUAGUGGAGCGUGAGAGCCCUGUGAAGCGACGACGCUGA